ACCCUAACUUCUUACACAAGUCAUCUUUACUUCUCUAAAACCCUUAUAGCUUAUUCUAUGGCAAAUAUGGCUUCUAAAUUGUUUCUUGUGUUGCUUCUCGGUGCUUUUGUUUGCACUACUAAUGCUGCUAGAAAGCUUGUGAAUGAGAAGGGUUCUUUCGAGGAUGAGAAGUUGUUUCAUCGCCGCGGUGGUGGCCUUGGAGGUGGAGGUGGUGGUGGAUUUGGAGGAGGAGGUGGUGCUGGUGGUGGUGCCGGAGGUGGAGCAGGAUUUGGUGGAGGUGCUGGAGGUGGAGCUGGAGGUGGACUUGGUGGAGGUGCUGGUGGUGGAGCUGGUGGUGGCUUUGGAGGUGGUGCUGGUGCUGGUGGUGGCCUCGGUGGGGGUUCUGGAGGUGGAGGUGGAUUUGGUGGUGGUGCUGGAGGUGGAGCUGGAGGUGGACUCGGUGGAGGUGCUGGUGGUGGAGGAGGAGGUGGAGGUGGUGGAGGAUUAGGUGGUGGUUCUGGUUUUGGUGGAGGAGCCGGUGGUGGCUUUGGAGGUGGUGCUGGUGCUGGUGGUGGGCUUGGUGGUGGUGCUGGAGGUGGAGGUGGAUUUGGAGGAGGAGGUGGAGGAGGACUUGGUGGCGGAGCUGGUGGCGGAUUCGGUGGUGGUGCUGGUGGUGGACGUGGAGGCGGAUUGCCUUGAAGAAACAAAGUGAAUUGAUUAAAGAUUGUCAUGGUUAGUACAAGAAUUAGAUUACUGUAUCUUAUAUGAAUUUAAGUUUACUUCUAUAUGAAAUUCCUUUCAUAAUCAUUAUGUUGUUGAUCUUCUUUUGAAGUUGUAGACUUGUAGUGAAAUGAAUAAGCUUUCACCACCAA